GGCCCGGCCCGGCCCCGGCCUCCGCCCGGCCCCCGCCCGCUGGGCGCCGCAGAGAUGACCGACCCCUUUUGUGUUGGAGGAGGCCGCCGGCUCCCGGGGUCCAGCAAGAGUGGGCCUGGGAAGGAUGGCGGCCGGAAUGAGGUCCGACUUCCCAUGCUUCACGACCCACCGAAGCUGGGGCUGCCGGUAGUCCGGGGUGGGCAGACAGCGCCCAGCCAGGCCCCGCUCUGCUUUGACCCGGGAAGUCCAGCCAGCGACAGAACGGAAGGGAAGAAAAAGGGGCGUCCGAAAGCCGAGAACCAGGCACUCCGAGACAUUCCUCUCUCCCUGAUGAACCAGUGGAAAGACGAGUUCAAGGCGCACUCGAGGGUGAAGUGUCCAAACGCUGGGUGUUGGCUGGAGUUCCCCAGCAUCUACGGGCUCAAGUACCACUACCAGCGGUGCCAAGGGGUAAGGGGCUGCGGCCUGGGGAAGGGGAGGCCUGGGGCCCACCCUGCCCUGGCUGUUGGCUUGGGGGUGUCCACGCCUGCCCUCUCCACCCAGGGUGCCAUCUCAGAAAGGCUGACCUUUCCCUGCCCCUUCUGUGAGGCUGCAUUCACCUCUAAGACCCAGCUGGAGAAGCACCGGAUUUGGAACCACAUGGACCGACCCCUGCCUGCCCCCAAGCCUGGGCCAGUCAGCCGGCCAGUCACCGUCAGCCGGCCCGUUGGGGUCAGCAAGCCCAUUGGAGUAAGCAAACCUGUCACUAUCAGCAAGCCCAUCGGCAUCAGCAAGCCAGUGACGGUCAGCCGGCCCGUGCCGGUCACCAAGCCAGUGACAGUCAGCCGGCCUGUGCCGGUCACCAAACCAGUGACGGCCAGCAGGCCCGUGCCAGUCACCAAAGCUGUGCCGGUCACUAGGCCUGUGCCAGUCAACAAGCCUAUACCGGUCACCAAGUCUGUGCCAAUUGCCAAGCCAGUAACAGUCAACAAACCGGUGCCGGUCACCAAACCAGUGACCAUCAACAAGCCGGUGUCUGUGACAAAGCUUGUGACAGUUACGAAACCCGUGCCAGUUGCGAAGCCGGUGACGGUCAGCAGGCCCGUUGUGGUCAGUAAGCCGGUGACGGUCAGCAGGCCCGUUGCCAUCAGCAGACACACGGCACCUUGCAAGAUGGUGCUGCUGACCAGGUCUGAGAACAAAGCUCCUCGGGCCGCGGGGAGGAGCAGCGGUAAGAAAAGGGCUGCAGACGGCCUGGAUGCCUGCCCCCUCCCGCCCAAGCAGGCGAGGCCGGAGAACGGGGAGUACGGCCCGUCCACCACAGACCAGAGCUCAGCCUUCCAGCUGAGCACAGACCCCAGCAGCAGCCCCCUUUCUCUGGGCAGCAGACCCUUGGGGGGCAAGGAGGCGCCGAGGGCCGCGGGCCCCGUGUCCCCGCCUGAGGAGGGUGCGGAGCGCACGAAGCACAGAAGGAAACAGAAGACACCCAAGAAGUUUACGGGUGAGCAGCCCUCCAUCUCAGGGACUUUCGGACUCAAAGGUGAGGCCUGGACCAGCCGGGCACCUGUGGGGCCAAGCGCACGCGGCGGCCGCGCCCUCAGCCUGCACCUGCCCCUCCCGCGUGUGCACGUAGGCCUGGCCAAGGCGGAGGACAAAGCCCGCAUCCACCGCGCCAAGAAGCAGGAGGGGCCGGUCCCCGAGGAGGCGCGGAAGAAGGGGCCAGCCCCCACCAGCGCCGUCAGCAAGGAGGUGCCGGCCCCCGUGGCCCACCCAGCCCCAGGUGGCCCUGAGGAGCAGUGGCAACGGGCCAUCCACGAACGGGGGGAGGCCGUCUGCCCCACCUGCAACGUGGUCACCCGAAAGACCCUCGUGGGGCUCAAGAAGCACAUGGAAGUGUGUCAGAAGCUGCAGGAUGCACUUAGGUGCCAGCACUGCCGGAAGCAGUUCAAGUCCAAGGCGGGCCUCAACUACCACACCAUGGCUGAGCACAGCGCCAAGCCCUCUGACGCCGAGGCCUCGGAGGGGAGCGAGCAGGAGCGGCGGGAGCGGCUGCGGAAGGUGCUGAAGCAGAUGGGGCGGCUGCGCUGCCCCCAGGAGGGCUGCGGGGCCGCCUUCUCUAGCCUCAUGGGCUACCAGUACCACCAGCGACGCUGCGGGAAGUCGCCCUGCGAGGUGGAGACCCCUUCCUUCCCCUGCACCCACUGCGGCAAGACCUACCGCUCCAAGGCCGGCCACGACUACCACGUGCGCUCGGAGCACGCGGCCCCGCCCCCCGAGGAGCCUGCGGACAAGGCCCCCGAGGCUGAGGACCUGUUGGGUGUCGAGCGGACCCCCAGCGGCCGCAUCCGCCGCACGUCGGCCCAGGUCGCUGUGUUCCACCUGCAGGAGAUCGCGGAGGACGAGCUGGCCCGAGACUGGACCAAGCGGCGGAUGAAGGACGACCUGGUGCCCGAGACCGCGCGGCUCAACUACACGCGGCCCGGCCUUCCUGUGCUGAACCCCCAGUUGCUGGAGGAGUGGAAGAAUGAGGUCAAGGAGAAGGGCCACGUCAACUGCCCCAAUGAUUGCUGCGAAGCCGUCUACUCCAGCGUGUCCGGCCUCAAGGCCCAUCUGGCCGGCUGCAGCAAGGGGGACCACCUGGUGGGGAAGUACUGCUGUCUGCUGUGUCCCAAGGAGUUCAGCUCCGAGAGUGGCGUCAAGUACCACAUUCUCAAGGCCCACGCGGAGAACUGGUUCCGCACUUCGGCAGACCCGCCUCCCAGACACAAGGGCCCAGACUCCCUGGUGCCCAGAAAGGAGAAGAGUCCGGCUGGCGGGAAGAAGCGGGGCCGCAAGCCCAAGGAGCGACCCCCUGAGGAUCCAGCCCCUGGGACGCCUCCCCACCGGGACGACUGGCCCCCAGGAGGCAGAGACAAGGGGGCCCGGGGCUCUGCUGGCCGGAAGGUGGGAGCCGGCAAGGCGCCCGAGAAGUGAGUUUGGAGCCUGGCAGGUGGGUGGGGCUCGGCCCCCUCUGUCCAGGGUGGGGCUCCAGAGCCUCCUGCCCUCCAGGUCUCCACCCCCCACCCCUGCCUGUUCAUCUGUCCAGCGGGGGCGGCCAGCCCUCUCCCCUCCCUGAGGGUGGCCCUGCCCCACGCGGGCUGCCGCAGGGCACCUUGGGCUGGGGCUCCCGGGAGGGCCAGGGCAGCUGCAGAAGUGCAAUAGUCUGGAGGGACCUUCACGGGCCGGCAAGAGGAAGGGCUACAGCCUGGGCUUCGGUGCUGGGGCGGCAUGGAGCAGGCAGAUGGCCUUCUGGUCCUCGGCAUGUGAGCUCCAUGCCCCAUCUGCUUUCUCGGGCCCAAGGCUCGGGGGUCCCUGGUGGCCCAUGGUUCUGGGCUGAUGAGGGUACCUGAGCAGCCUCACCUCGUGACCCGACACUGGAACCCCGGCACCCCCCAGCUACCUCCCGGGACAGACCCCAAGUCUGACAGCUGCCGUGCUGACCUGCCCGCCCCACCGCACCCCACCCCCACCGCACCCCACCCCCACCCCACCCCACCCCACCCCCACCCCGCUGUCUUCUGGUUCCUGCACUUCCGCUCUCUACCUCUCCAGGCCCACCCUCCCCUGCGGUGCAGCCCCUGCUGUGCCCGGGCCCUGCUCCACUGGCCCGUGUGCAUCAUGGUGGCGGAGGCAGCCCUGCUCCACCGUCCCCAGUAGCGCUCCCCACUGGGGGCCAGGCAGAGGCUCUGCUUCUGCCACCGCAGGGCUGUGGAGCAGGGGCCACGUGAAGUGAGCUCUGGCCUCAGCCUCCAGCUUCGCUAAUGCCGCUGGCCCGAGUCGGGUAGCCUGAUGUGUUUAGGGAUGGGCCAGUCUGGGUUCCGGUGUCACCUGGGGCCCACGGGCAUGAGGGGCGGGGACCUGGGGCCUGGCUCGAGUAGUGACCACUGUGGGAAGCAGCCUCUGUCGCUGGCCUGGGUUGGCCCAUGGCCAAGCUCCCGUGGGAGCCUCCUUCCCCCUUUUUUACCUGCUCCUUCGUUUCUGGUUGUGUGGCCUUUUGAUGUGAGAGCCGAAGGCCGGGGGGAGCUUGGCCAAGGUCACAGUAGGUUGGUGGCAGCUCCAGAGCUCUGUCUUGGCUCCCUUUGGUGCCCUGAGGGCAGCGAGGUCUGUAGGUUGGGUCAGGUGGAGUCCAGGGCACCCUGAGGAUGCGGCCACGUGGUUUCUGACCUCCUGCCUGGGCCCCACCUUCCAACCAUGGCAUCGCUGGGACAGGGAGGGUGCUCAGAGCUGCUGCGUUUGGAUGGAGGCUGUUUUCCACGGGGGGGUGGGGGUGGGCUGAGGGCUCGGCCUUGCCGACCCUGGAUGAUGUGAAUUUUGAUAUUUGCCCGUGUGCGUGUGUCUCCUGGGUGUAGUGGAUGCCAGUCUUGUUGCUGUGACAAGUAACAAACCUUUUUUUUAAUUCUGUUUUUUAUACGAAAACUCACAACAAUCUGACAUUUUGGUGCUAAGGGUUUCCUGGUGCCGACGGUGGAUCUGGGGGCUGGGCUGGGGUCCCUCUCUUGCUCGGGGAGGCGGUGCUGACUGGGCACCCCUCUGCCCCCCAGCUCCUGUCCUCCUCCAGUCCCUGGAGAGGAGGGGCUCCAGUCUGGGCUCAGCUCUCCUCACCCUGCACUAGGGAGACAGUUUCCAGGAGGGCUUUGGGGCCGAGGCGCCGUGCUGCCCGUCUCCGGCUUCUUCCUUCAGCCAGAAUGCUCUGACCCCGGGCAGUCCUGGCCUGAUGUGCUAGGGAGGGGGUGUGGAGACGUGGACUCCCCCCACUCACACGCACCUGAUCUGAUCAGGGGGUGGAGGCCUGGGCAGGUGCAGGUAAUCCAGCAUCAAAGGCUGAGGCAAGCAGCAUGACUUCGGGGCAGGAGGGCUUUCUUUCCUGUGUUCCUGGGUGUCACUGGGGUGCAGCUG